CUUGUGAGCUACCUAGCUAGGAGAGCUUGCAUCUUUCCCUCUCGUGCGCGCGUCGCAUCGCAACGCAACGCAUUACUCGCCUCCCUAGGCGGACGUCCAUCCCGCCCCAUUAUUGUCCAAUCUAUCGCUUUCUUUUCUUGAGGGACCCGAUGCCAAUAACGUCCACGCACAGCAUACAUACCUAACUCGAGCUCAAGCAGCACAGUGCUGAGCGGGAGCGGCCAUGACAGACCAACCCCCACCACCAUCACCACCACCACCACCACCACCACCAGCGGCAGCAUCACCAUCAUCAUCAUCAUCCCUCGAGGUCCGCCCCCAUCCCAUCAAGGGCCGCGCCCUGCACGCCACCGCCGCCUUCCGCCCCGGCGCCGUCGUCCACGUCUUCGCCGCGCCCGCCCUCCUCCUCCCCACGCUGCCGCACCUCGCCCUCGUCUGCGCCCACUGCCUCCGCCCCGGCUCCCCGCGCGCCUGCACCCGCUGCCGCGCCGCCUACUACUGCGAUCCCCGCUGCCAGGCCGACGCCUGGGCCGCCGGCCACGCCCGCGAGUGCAAGGCCCUGCGCCGCGGCCGCCAACAGCAACAACAACAACAGCGCCGGAGCAGUAGCAGCCAGCAGAAGGAGCCAACCUCCAAGUCCCAGGUCCAGUCUCCUUCCCUGUCGCCGUCCUCCGGUCCGUCCUCGUCGUCAACAGCAGCAGCAGCAGCAGCAGCGCCUCCGUCCUCAUCACCGAAAAAAGACGACGACGCUGCCGCCACCGGCACUGCAAGACCACCACCACCACCAACCCCCAGCGCCGGGGAAAAGGUCGCCGGCCGCUCCGGCGCCGAGCUGCCCACGCCCGCCCGCGCCCUCGUCCAGGCCCUGCUGCGCGACGACCUCGCCCGCGUGCUCGACGGGCUCGAGGGCCAUGCCGCCCGCCGCCGCGAGCAGAGGAGCGGCGCCGCCGAGUGGCGCGACAUGGAGAUCAUGGCCAUGGCCGCUUGCGCCUUUGCCGGCAAGCCCGUCAACGACAAGGAGGUGCGCCGCGCCGUUGAUCUGCUGUGCAAGAUCCAGACAAACACCUUUCACAGGUUCGACGCCGACCUUGGCCAGGUCGGCCUCUUCCUCGAGCCGACGCUCGCCAUGGCCAACCACUCGUGCGUGCCCAACGCCAUGGUCCAGUUCAUCGGGCGGACUGCCGUCUUGAGAGCGGAGCGCAGCAUCGAGGCUGGCGAUGAGAUUGAGAUCUCCUACACAGACUACACGGAUCCCUACACCAUGCGAAAGGAGGCCCUGGCCCAGUAUUGCUUCGAGUGCCGCUGCCCUCGUUGCAGCCACAACCUCAACGUCUACCAAGUGUGCGCCACCACGCCCGUGGUCGCGCCGCCCGGCACUAGCCUCGCCCCCGACGCUCCCUCUGCCGCCCAGCGCCACCCUGCUGUCAUCGAUGAGGCGACUGUCGCGCUGGCAAAGUCCAAUGGCGAGUCCGCCACCAGGCUAAUCGAGGACUGGUCCAAGCCCGACAGGCCGCCUAGCCGCCGCCUUCAGCUCCGCGCCCAGUACAGCGACUGCAGGGGCCUCGUCGGCGGUGACUUGUGGGCCGUCACGCCUGUGCCUCAGGUCCUGGCUGAGAUAUCCAUACACUACGCUGAGAAGCGUAAUUUCGCGUAUGCGCUGGCCGUGGCCUGUCUCGUCGCGACCCGGGUCGACCCAUACCGAUAUGUCGCGUGGUUCCACCCCGUCAGGGUCAAGAACCUCUUCAUGAUCGCCAAACUCUUGGCCAAUACCGCUGAGGAGAGCGCAUCACUCGGCAGCUCCGUCAUGUCGGCACCCAUGAAGGCCAACAUGGACCAGGAAGCCCAGACCAAGCUUCAGGACAUUGACCAGGUCGCUUUGUGCCAAAUCCUGCUCGUCAUGAUCCUUCGUGCGGCUCCUGCGGGUGUCCCUGCCGAGUGGGACCUCGUGCUACCCGCGCGAGAGCUGCUCCAGGAUAUUGAGCAGCUACCAGGCAGGGAAAAGGAGCUGUCCCUCAUCAAUGCCUGGAUCAAGGAUCCGGCCAGCGAGGCUUCCAAGGCCUUCUUCGACUAUGCCGUGGUGCAGCAGGUGAACGCCCUCGCCAGUCUGGGCAAUGCGGCUCUCAAGAUGGACUUCGGAAUCGUGUUUUGAGCGCCAAUUCUUGGCUGCAGGGGAUAUCAGAAAGAAUCCGGUACGGCUUAGCCUCUCGCCUGCCAGCCCCCUCUCUUUGUCGCGGCAUUGAGACUGGUCGCUGCCCGUGUGCGCCUAGGCCUAGCGGGCUCAACAAGACCGCGAGCGGCCGGCGAUGAGCGGUACAGGUCGCUCGAUCGAGCGUGCGCGGCAGAGAUGCCGCUGCCAAAGUCGGAUGACGACAGUGCCACGCGCUUCGGUGGCGUUGUGUCAAAGUCUGGGGCGUCUGUCCUGCCCGUUGACCCGCGCUUUUUGCGUGGGUUGUCUGUGUAACACGACUGCAUGUUCUCCUCGUCCCGGUCAGGACUUGCGCUGACGCCCGCCACGGUGCUUCCUCGAUUCGGUGUGCUCGACGGCAUGCUUGAACGAGCUUCGAGGCGCUGUAUCCGGGUCCUGAAGAGAUCAAACUCCAUUUGCAGUGAUUCGAUCUGGCUGGCGCGGUUUCCAAUUUUGGAUAUGCUGCUGGUGAGGAUAUCGAGCUCGUGAGAGGAGAAGGAGGGUGUCUCGGACGUGGUGGGUGGAGGAUGGGCGCGGUCCCGCGCUAAAUCUGCGCGGAGCUGCUUGAUAUCUCGCCUCAGCGAGGUGACUUCUGCGGCAUAUUCUUUCGAAGUUGCGAUGCCGUCUAGGGCAACUUGCUUCGUCUCGUCCACCUCACUCCUAAGUCGGUUCA